AUGACCGAAGAGAAUUAUCGUCCACGAUCUCCCGAUUUCUCCUCUCCCUCUCACCCCAACUCCAACGCCAGCAUCAACUCCAACUCCAACGUCACCUUCAACCCCACUCCCUACGCGCCGCAAAGCCCCGUCAACCAACGCGCCUCCUACGACGCCUCUCCCUUCUUCUCUUCUUAUCAACGCCCCACUUCUUCGAGUCGCGUUCCCCAACAGUACGUGCCUCCUUUCCACGACUUCGACGAGAUGGCCCGUCGCUCAUCGCGUUUGCAGUCCGCGGACGCGCCAGUCCCCAUCCCCGCGGCUCCCGACACAAUGCCCGCCAUCGCGCCUUUGCAAGAUGAGGGCCUCCAGGCUCGCCCCGGAGCUGGCAUUGAAGUGAAGACCAAAUUCCCCGUCGCGCGCAUUAAGCGAAUUAUGCAAGCCGAUGAAGAUGUCGGCAAGGUUGCCCAAGUCACUCCCAUUGCUGUCUCCAAAGCACUGGAGCUCUUUAUGAUCUCCCUCGUCACCAAAGCCGCCCAAGAAGCCAAGGAGCGCAAUUCCAAGCGCGUCACCGCCACUCACCUGAAACACGCGGUCGCCAAAGACGAAGUACUCGAUUUCCUGGCCGACAUUAUCGCCAAGGUGCCCGAUGCUCCUGCUGGCCGGAAACAUGAAGAUGACGGCAGUGAUCAAAACGAGGGUCGUCGGAAGCGAGGUGGACGACGACCCAAGGAGGAGAGUGAUUGA